AUGAAUGUGAUGGAGAGCGGCGGGGCUGAGAGCGUGACUCGCCUGCUCCGGCGCUGCCCCAGCUUUUGCUACCUCCACCCGCGCAGCCAGUCCGAGGAGAAGCCCAAGGAGGGAGUGAAGACAGAGAAUGACCAUAUCAACCUGAAGGUGGCUGGGCAGGAUGGCUCUGUCGUCCAGUUCAAAAUCAAGAGGCACAUGCCUCUGAGCAAGCUGAUGAAGGCCUACUGUGAGCGACAGGGCUUGUCAAUGAGACAUAUUAGAUUCAGGUUUGAUGGGCAGCCAAUUAAUGAAGCAGAAACUCCAGCACAGCUGGAGAUGGAGGAUGAAGACACAAUCUAUGUGUUCCAGCAGCAGACGGGUGGCACAUGGGCGACCGGAGACCUGUUGGGAUGUCGCAUCUAG